GGGCAGGAAGCAGAAGUGAUGAGAACUGUGGCCUGGGUGAUGAGCUGUGUGGUGAGCCCGCCUAGGGGGCUGUACCACCAUUUCAGGGGCCUCCGUGAGGAGAGAGCACAUCUCCGUAGGAGCAUCUCAGCACAGGACUCCAGGCCCUGAUAAUCCACAGUUGGAGGAGGGGUCGGCCAUCCUCCAUGCCCCUGCCCACAGCUUCCAGGAGCCCCAGUGCCCUCUGUCUCUGCAGCUCCAUGGCCCCCUGUGUGCUCCUCCUCGGCAUCCUCCUGCUGCUGCUGCCCACGCCAGCACCUGCCCCCUGCUACACCGCCGCGCGCUCUGAGUGCCGGCGCAACCUCAAGUUCGUGCCGGGGUCCUGGCUGGCGGGGGAGGGCGUGGACGUGACCACCCUCCAGCGCUCGGGCUCCUUCCCGGUGGACACGCAGCGCUUCCAGCGGCCCGACCACACCUGCACCCUCUGCCGCAACGCCCUACAGCAGAACGCCCUCCAGCGCCUGCCCCUGGCGCUCACUGACUGGCGCGCCCACGGCUCGGGCUGCAAGCGCAAAGUGGCCAGGGAAGAGGGCCGGUCGGCCGAGGAUGUGGCUGCGGAGGCAGCCAGCAGCAUCCGCAACGACUGGCGGGUGGGGCUGGACGUGAAUCCCAAGCCCAGCACCAAUGUGCACGUGACCGUGGCAGGCUCCCACUCCGCGGCAGCCAACUUUGCGGCCCAGAAGACUUACCAAGACCAGUACCGCUUCAGCCUGGACUCGGUGGAGUGUCAUUUCUACAGUUUUCACCUGGUGCACACUCCCCCGCUCCACCCCGAUUUCAAGAGGGCCCUCAGGACCCUGCCCCCCUAUUUCAACGCCUCCACCGAGCCCAGCUACCACAGACUCAUCUCCAGCUACGGCACACACUUCAUCCGGUCCGUGGAGCUGGGCGGCCGCACCUCGGCCCUCACCGCCCUGCGCACCUGCGAGCUGGCCCUGGAUGGGCUCACAGCCCAGGAGAUCGAGGACUGCCUGGACGUAGAGGCCGAGGUCAGCAUCAGCGGCCGCGCCAGCUCCUCGUCCGCACUCAAGGCGUGUGAAGAUAAGAAGCAGCAGCACAAGAUGGGGACCUCCUUCCACCAGGCCUACCGGGAACGCCAUUCCGAAGUCACUGGUGGCCACCACACCUCCAUGCACGACCUGCUGUUCGGGAACCAGGCUGGGCCUGAGCAGUUCUCAGCCUGGGUGGCCUCACUGCAGGACAGCCCCGGCCUGGUGGACUACACGCUGGAGCCUCUGCACGUGCUCCUGGAGAGCCAGGACCCGCGGCGGGAGGCGCUGAGGCAGGCUGUGAGCAAGUACGUGAGGGACAGGGCUCGCUGGAGGGACUGCAGCCGGCCGUGCCCCCCAGGGCAGCGGAAGAACCCCAAGGACCCGUGCCAGUGUGUGUGCCAUGGCUCGGGAGCCAUCAACCAGGAAUGCUGUCCCCGGAAGAGGGGCCUGGCCCGGCUGGAGGUCAUGAACUUCCUGGCAACAGGUCUGUGGGGGGACUGGAUCACUAAAACAGACGCCUAUCUGAAAGUCUUCUUUGGAGGCCAGGAGCAAAGGACAAGCACAGUGUGGAACAACAACCACCCUCGGUGGAUGACACAGCUGGACUUCGGGGAUGUGCUUCUGACCACGGGGGGGCCCCUGAGGGUGCAGGUCUGGGAUGCGGACAAUGGCUGGGAUGAUGACCUUCUCGGCACCUGUGACCGGACUCCACAUUCGGGCUCACAUAAGGUGAACUGCCACCUGAAGCACGGUCACCUGAGUUUCUUUUACCAAGCCAAGUGCUUGCCUCACCUGGCAGGGGAAACGUGCCUGAAGUAUGCCCCCCAAGGGCUUCUGGGGGAUCCCCCAGGAAACCGGAGUGGGGCAGUGUGGUGAGACCAGCAGGUCCUGAGAGCACCAGAGUGCCAGACUGAAGGGGUCUCACACAGGACCCAGAGGGCCUAUCAUCAGGUCCCCAUUAGACAGAAAACUGAGGCUGUUUUUCCCCUCCAAUGAGGUGGCUGAAUUUAUAGGCCAGCCCUGAAUCUCCCUGUCCAGACUACCUUAGCUCUUCAAUAUUCUCGAGCCCCGGAUACGGGCUGGGGCUGAGCCACACCCUUCAGCCACUGCCACACAGGCCACAGCUUAGGUCUGGAACUGGACAGAAGGCCAGGAGGCUGUUCCCACCAGGCUGCCUCGUGUCAUUUGCACCAUUCCUUUGCAGCCCUUUCUAACAUGGUGAAUUCUUUCAUAUUAGAUCUAACCCCUUAGGCCCCAGAUGCUCUGUUUGCUCUGUUUUCUUUGCCCACCAAGCUUUGCCUCUGAGACAAAUCAAGGGCUGUCUUGUCCUGUCUCAUUGUGUACACAGCCUGACAGAGAACCAAUAAAUGGGAUCUGAUAA